GGGAGAGGCGGCUCCAGGCGCGAGCCUCGCCCCCGCCCCGCCGCGGCCCGCUGCCUCCGGAAACGGCGGCAGCAGGGGGCCGGCGAGCGGCGGCGCUCCCCCCACCCGCGCGGCUAUGAGCAGCCCGGCGGCGCGGCGGCGGCGGCCGGACAGCGGGCUCCUCGUCCCCGAGGAGGCGCCCGCCGCGGCACCUGUGGCCUUCCUGCAAGAGCUGCCCAGCUACCGCUCCGUGCGGCGCUGCCCGGCCGCCGCGGGGGGCUCCCGGGGGCCGCCCGCCGCCCCGCCGCCCGCCGCCCGGCCCCCCCGGGAGCAGCCGCUGAGCCUCGCCGGGAAGAGGUGGUUCAGGGACUCUCAGCAGGAUGAUAUAAAAUAUUCAUCUGGAUGGAAUCAGUGGAAAAGGUCUAGCCGUAGAUCGUGGAAAAAAGUCUUUGAUGAAGCCAAGGAGUUGUUAUCUUACCUGGAGCUUUGGCGGCAUGAUAUUCGCAGCAUAGAAGGGAAAUUUGGUACUGGCAUCCAGUCCUACUUCUCCUUUCUGCGUUUUCUGGUCCUGCUGAAUUUUAUAAUAUUUAUCCUGAUGUUCAGUUUUGUUACCCUUCCCAGUGUCAUUUCAAAACAUGGAGUUUUCAACAGUAGCUUUGAUAAAAUUCCUGCAAGGAGCAUAGAGCCUCACUGCACUGUUUAUGCACCUAGUGGUAAUAAAGGUCUUGUUUACUUCUACACUUUCUUCAAAGAUUUGCUCACUGGCACUGGAUUCCUGGAAAUGACAAGUUUGUUUUAUGGCUAUUACACCAUAGAUGUUGCAUGGAUCAGCAUCUUUAGGUACAACUUACCACUAGCAUAUCUGCUGACUACAUUUGCUUACCUUGCAUUAAGUCUCCUCUGGAUAAUAAAAAGGUCUGUGGACGGAUUUAAGCAGAACUUGGUGCAUCAUGAAGAUCAAUUUCAGAGUUACUGUAACAAAGUUUUUGCAGGCUGGGACUUCUGCAUUACAGAUCUAAGUGCAGCACGGCUAAAACAUCGCAGCUUGCAAUAUGAGCUCAAAACAGAUUUGGAAGAAGAAAGACUGAAGCAAAAAAUAGCUGACAGGACUAUGAAAGACAAGCUGCGCAUCUACUCUCUGAGACUAUUUCUAAAUAUAAUUGUCCUCGCAGUUCUAUCAGGAUGUUUUUACUCUAUUUAUAGAGCAACUGUCUUCUCUCAGGAAAAUAUCUCCAAUAAUGGCAACAAUAUGAAGUUUGAAGCUAAUCUCUUGGUACAGUAUUUGCCUUCCAUAGUGAUCACGUUGGCCAACUUCAUUGCUCCUCAGAUCUUUUCAGUUCUAAUUGGACUUGAAGAUUAUUCACCAGUCUUUGAAAUCAGGCUGACGCUGAUGAGGUGUGUCUUUGUGCGGUUGGCCAAUAUCGGUGUUCUCUUAUUCUCGCUGUGGAGUCAGAUCUCCUACUGUGCCACUGACAAGUGUAAUGCUUGUGGAUACAAUUACGAGCUCUAUCCUUGCUGGGAAUCUCAAGUUGGGCAAGAAAUGUAUAAAUUGUUGAUAUUUGAUUUUAUUAUAAUUUUGGCUGUGACUCUAUUUGUGGACUUUCCUAGAAAGUUGUUAGUUACUUACUGCUCUUAUAAGCCAGUUCAGUGGUGUGGUUUGCAGGAAUUUGGAAUUCCUGAUAAUGUCCUGGAAAUCAUUUAUGGGCAGACUAUCUGCUGGAUUGGAACCUUCUAUUCACCACUUCUUCCAGCCAUAGCAACCGUGAAAUACUUUAUCGUCUUUUAUAUUAAAAAGAUUAGUUUGAUUCACACACGUAAACCUUCAGCUAGGCCUAUCAGAGCAUCAAGUUCCAAUUUUUUCUUCUUCUUGGUGCUGCUGAUCGGGCUCGUCUUGGCUUUUAUCCCUUUGGGAAUCAGCAUAGCACAUAUCCCUUCCUCUAAGGCAUGUGGGCCGUUCAGGAAUUUUAACACUUCUUGGGCAGUUGUUCCGGAUACCAUACUUGGGUUUCCAACUGGUUUGCAGAAGGUCCUUUAUGGUAUAGCAUCAGAAGCCUUUGCAGUGCCUUUUUUUAUGGUUAUCUGCCUUGUUAUGUUCUAUUUCAUUGCCUUGGCUGGCGCACACAAACGAGUUGUUGAGCAGCUGAGAGAGCAACUGGUUAUGGAGAGUCAUGACAAGCAGUUCCUAAUCAGAAAGAUCACAGAAGCUGAGAAGCAUACUUGAAAACCACAAAAAGCCAGAAGAACUUGACUUCCUGAAACUUCCAGAACCACUAGAUUAGAGUAGAAAUAUCUACAGCACUUAAACCGAAUAGCUGAUGAGCACCCUGACCCUGCAGUCUAUGUAAUGAAUACUUACAUUCUUAAUGUUGACUAUGCUACUGGGGCUUAAAGUUUCCAAGACUUGAAAUUUAACUUAUUUGUACCAUAUUAGCCCUGUCCAAAAAAGUCAAUGGUAGGACGCUUUAUUGCUGCUAGAGUUUCAAGGUUGUUGGUGUUUGUUAAAUCCCAACAUUUCCAGGGAUUCUGGGUAAAAUGUGCUCAGAACUGAGAUUCCAUUUAGAAACUCUUUGAAGUGCUUUUAUAAAUUAUGCUUAAGAAUUGGGGGGAGAGGUAAGGGGAAGAGGAGUAGUUUUACAUGUUUGCAACUCACUUUUCUUUUAAAACCAAAGCAAAAGAAACACUGAAGUCAGUAUUUUGAAAGUGCAUUGGAGGGAAAAUAUUGCAAGGGUUUUAAAUUGGUUUUCUAAAUAUGUCUCUAAAUUCUAGAGAAGAGACUUAGAUUUUUUUGCUCUGAAAUAGCAACUGCAGUUGAACACUAGAUAACUGACCAAAAUGGCUUAGAAAAAGCAAGCAGAUAAAAGAAUUCUGAAUAAAUACUGGAAGAAACCACCCGGAGGGCUGUACGUCUCUGUAGCACAGGUAGUCAGCGCUGUGAUACCAGUACUGCUGCUAGGCGUUCACCUUUGUUUAAACAUGUGAAGCUUUGUUACUUGCGUUUUAUUCUGCCUACAGACGUCUUGAAUGCUAUUCUUCCUGUUCUAAAAUGUGAAUGCUUGAGCAUUAAACAAGUUAUUUAUAAUACAGAAAUACAACACGCCAGUACCCUUUAAAUUCACUGUGAUUCAUGUCUGUUAAAUGAAUUGAUGGAGCUGUGCAGCUCUGAGAGAACAAUAUUUCUAAGCAGCCUGCUGAUUUUUUUUUCUUUUGUGAAGAUUAUGGUUCUGUUAACCAAAUUCUCUAUGGAAAAUCCUCGUGUACGUUACUUGAAGUUGUAGUACUGUUAAGGUGUGAGGUGAUGCAUUCUUUUUAUAGAAUAUUUUGGAAUUUUUUUCUGUCUUCUAUUUCAAGAAAGUAACAUGCAAUAAAUGACUCCAUUUUUAUAA